CUCGAGUUGAGGCCAAGGGAAGACCUGCCCAGCAGGAGGCUGGAACCCAGCUGCUCCUAGAGCAGGAGUGGCUAUGGGCACUGAUGUGGGCAGCUGGCUGGGCCAGGAGGCAGAACUGGCCUGACUGGUCAGGGGCCAAGGAGGGGGAUCUGAACUUGAAGAGACUGUGGUAUGGACUGAUCCCAGAGUGCCUCACAAACCCUGUGGAGUGGCUCUGCCUGGCUGGGUUCCAGGUGCACCCCGAGGCAGGGAAGGAGUUGGAGCGAUGCCAGCAGCAGGCGAACGAGGUGACGGAAAUCAUGCUCAACAACUUUGACAAGGUCCUGGAGCGUGACGGGAAGCUGUCGGAGCUGGAGCAGCGUUCAGAUCAACUCCUGGACAUGAGCUCUGCCUUCAGCAAGACAACCAAGAACCUGGCCCAGAAGAAGCGCUGGGAGAACAAGCGUUGCCAGAUCUACCUGGGGCUGGCAGUGGCCGGCAGUCUCCUUGUCCUCCUGAUUGUGCUGCUGGUCGUCUUUCUCCCACAGAACAGCUGAGAACAGUGGGGCUCCAAACAUACCCUCAAGGCCUGGGGACUGAUGCAGCUUGGCCCAGCGGGGAGAGGCCUGGUUGUCACGAUGGCCAGUUCUGAUCUCCAGAGAACCCUGGCAUUUGCUCUGGAAGGGGCCACCCCAGUGAGCACUGAAGAGCAGCCACAGUGUGUGCCUGUGCAUCUCCUUCAUGCCACAGAUUGGCCCUCAAGGGCAGCCUGCUGACUGGCCACACUUGGCCAGCCCCCCCUCGAGCUCAGUAAAAGCUGCUGUUUGGUUAAAACCUCA